AUGACGGAGCUAAACCCUAAGCCCAAGUCCGCAAAGAAAGCGAGGAAGGCCGCCGCUGGUGGGGGGGAGGAGGGCAUGGACUCGCUCAAGUCCGAUGUAAUCCCCAAGCUGAAGUCCAGCAAGAAAUCAAAGAAGCCCGCCGCCGACGAGGGUGAAGAGAAGGGCGCGGACGCGCUCAAGUCCGACGUAAGUCCCGAACCGAAUCCCACCAAGAAGAAGAAGAAGAAGAAGAAGCCCGCCGCCGGUGGGGAGGAGGAUGACAUUGGCGCGAUCAAGUCCGACGUCGCCUCGUUCGCCUCAUCGCUGGGACUUGUCCCCGGCGCCGGCAACUCCUCCGGGUUCGACGACUCCGACUUCCGCAAGUCGGGCCCCAUGAGCGCCCCCAAACCGCCCAAGCACCCCCAAACCCCAGAAGCGCCCGCAAACACCGAUCCCCCCCAACACCCUAAACCUACCAAGAAGCCGCAUCCUCUCGAGCUCCAUGGCCCUCAUACCGCCGCCACCACCAGUGCCACCACCAAUUACCCGCUUGUAAAGGCCGGUGCUCUCUCCGGGCAGUGGUAUGCUGAUGCUGCUGAGCUGGAGGUCAGGGUCCUAGGCGACCGUAAGCAUGCCGCACCAGCAGUGGGGCUUCAGGAGAUGCAGCGGAUGGUGGAGCGGAAGCGGGAGCUGGCGGAGAAGCUCAUGGCGCAAUACUCGAGGGAGUAUGACUCGGUGCGGCGGGGAACUGGUGAUCUGAAGCUCCUGGAGAUGUCGGCCAAGUCUGGUACAUCAGCCGAUAAGGUGUCGGCGUUCACAUGUCUAGUCGAGGACAAUCCAAUUGCAAACAUGAGGGCGCUUGACUCUCUCCUCGGUAUGGUAGCAUCAAAGGUUGGUAAAAGGUAUGCAUUCACAGGCUUUGAUGCAUUGAGGGAGUUGUUCGAAAUGAGGCGUAAAGGCUCCCUUCUUUACUGGUUAUUGCCUGAUCGUAAGUUGAAAAGUCUUAUUCAGCGCCCAUUAGACAUUUUACCUGAAACAAAAGAUGGCUACUCGCUUCUCCUAUUCUGGCAUUGGGAAGACUGCUUGAAACAGAGGUAUGAGAAGUUUGUUAUUGCACUGGAGGAUGCGUUAAAAGAUAUGCUGCCAAGCCUGAAGGACAAAGCAAUGAAGACAGUUUCUGCCCUUCUAAAGAGUAAAUCUGAACAGGAACGCCGGUUACUUACAGCUCUUGUUAACAAACUUGGAGAUCCUGAAAGGAGGGCAGCAUCAAGUGCCGCAUAUCUGUUAACAGGUCUUCUGUCCACUCAUCCAAAUAUGAAGAUGGUUGUGAUAGAUGAGGUGGACUCAUUUCUGUUCAGACCACAUGUUGGGCUUCGGGCCAAAUACCAAGCCGUCAACUUUUUGAGCCAUAUUUUUCUUACCAGUAAAGGAGAUGGACCUAAAAUUGCAAAACGGUUGGUGGAUGUCUACAUUGCGGUUUUCAAGGUACUCAUGUCUUGCCCUCGUGAUAGUAAAGGAGAAAAACAAAGUAAACAUGGCAAGAAAAAGGUUGAAAAUGGGAAAACAAAGGGGCGAGAGGACAAGGUCAACGACUCCAAUUCACAUGGAAACCAUGAAAUGGAUCCACCAGCAGGAACAGAUUUAGAGAUGGAUUCCCGCCUUCUCUCUGCCCUUUUAUCUGGCGUAAAUAGAGCGUUACCAUAUGUUGCAAGCUCUGAAGUUGAUGAUAUUGUGGAAGUUCAGACACCAAUUCUUUUUAGACUGGUUCACUCUGAGAACUUCAAUGUUGGUGUUCAGGCGUUAAUGCUUUUAUAUCAGAUCUCCACAAAAAAUCAGAUAGCAAGUGACCGUUUUUACCGUGCGUUAUAUGCGAAACUUUUGAGUCCUUCAGCUGUUACUUCAUCAAAGCCGGAAUUAUUUCUGGGUCUGUUGGUGAAAGCAAUGAAGAACGAUGUAAUGCUGAAGAGAGUAGCUGCAUUUUCGAAGCGUCUGCUUCAGGUGGCUCUUCAACGCCCUCCACAGUAUGCUUGUGGAUGCCUUUUCAUACUGUCUGAGGUCCUUAAAACAAAGCCACCAUUAUGGACGAUUGUGCUCCAGAAUGAAUCUGUCGAUGAUGGUAUCGAACACUUCGAAGACAUAGUAGAGAAUCCUGAGGACCCUGCUAUUGCUUCAACAAGUCCAAUCAAACAGGAUAGUAUGUUGGCUUCACUUGAGAAAUACAAUUCUGACAGCGAGGAUGAUUCUGAUGCUACGAAACAAGUAAAAGUGUCCGCUAGUGAUGAGAAGGGUCAAACCAAUGCAUCAGCUGAGGGGUCGACAUCACAUGUAUUAUAUAAUCCACGACACAGAGAGCCUUCUUACUGCAACGCAGAUCGUGCUAGUUGGUGGGAGCUAACGUUAUUGGCCUCACAUGUGCACCCGUCAGUAUUUACAAUGGCUAGGACAUUGCUAUCUGGAAACAAUAUUGUCUAUAAUGGUGAUCCAUUGACAGACCUGUCGCUUCCUGCCUUCCUUGACAAAUUCAUGGAGAAGAAACCAAAAGGAAACCGCAUUGCUGAAGGGAAAUGGCAUGGUGGAUCACAAAUUGCACCAGCUAAAAAGCUUGACCUGAAUCAUCAUCUCAUUGGACAAGAUCUGCUAGAAUUGGCAGAAAAUGAAGUUCCUCCAGAAGAUGUUGUUUUCCACCGCUUCUACAUGAACAAGACAGGCCCUAUUAAGCCCAAGGCAAAGAAGAAAGCUUCAGUUCUGGAUGAAGAUACUGGAGAGCUCUUAGCUGAUGACGUUGAUGAUGUCAGUGAUGAAAGUGAUGACGAGAUGCAGGAGGUGGAUGAAAGUGAUGACGAGAUGCAGGAGCUGGAAGAUGAGUCUGCGGAGGAUGGAGAAUAUGACUACGACAAUCUGGACGCCAAGGCAUUUGAGGAGGAAGGGGAUUUGCUUAGAGAUGACAGUGAUGCUGAUGUGUUGGAUGACAUUUCAGAUGACGACGAGGAUGAUGAUGAAGAUGAUGGUCUUAACAUGUCAUAUGUGGACGAGAGUGCUGACGAUUCAGAUGAUGAUGUUACCGAUGUAAAGGCUGCAGCUGCAGCCCGUGGGCAAAAGCGAAAGAGCCGCUCAACUCCAUUUGCAAGUCUAGAAGAGUACGAACAUCUCAUGGAGGGGGAGGCUGAGAAGUCUACUUUGAAGAAGCAGCGGAAGCACAAGGAAGCUGGGGACAGUGUGGGCCGUAAGGAGAGAGGACAGAAACAGUCGGGAUCACGGAGGUCCAAGAGAUCUGAAUGA